AUGCCGCCCACCAGUUCGUCCGUCUACCAAAACGCCGACCUGUUCAAGUUCCCCUCACGGCGGAGCGUUGUCCACAGCACCGACGGCAUCGUCGCCUGCACGCAGCCGCUCGCAGCGAAAUGCGGCCUCGACGUGCUUCGAGCAGGAGGCAAUGCGGCUGAUGCCGCAGUCGCAGUUGCCGCCGGCCUCAACAUGACGGAGCCGUGCUCGACAGGCAUCGGCGGCGACAUGUUCAUCCUCUUCUGGGACGCGUCCGCCAAGCAGGUCAAGGCCAUGAACGGCUCCGGCCGCGCAGCCGCCAAGUCGACCCUCGACGCCGUCCGCAAGCGCCUCAAUAUCCCGGACGACAAGCCUGAUGCCGAGAUCCCCAAGACCAGCGCUCUGGCCGUGACGGUGCCCGGUGCAGCCGCCGGAUGGGUCGACGCCGUCGAGAGGUUUGGCAGCGGCAACGUCGACAUGAAGCGUGUGCUGGCGCCGGCUAUUGAGCUUGGCGAGAAGGGGUUCCCUGUGCACGAGGAGGCCGCACACUAUUGGGGUGCUUCCGAAGCUCGCCUCAAGCAAGCGUCGCCCAACUUUGCAGAGAUGCUCAAGGUUGACCCCAGGGCCCAGGGAGGCGUCCGCGCCCCUCGCGCUGGCGAAGUCAUGAAGAACCCGACCUUGGCCAGGACCUUCCGCACUCUCGCCGAGGAGGGCAAGAAGGGCUUCUAUCAGGGCCGAAUCGCAGAGGAGCUCGUCGCCGUUGUUCAGAGUCUGGGCGGGCUGUUGGAGCUCGACGAUCUCAAGCACCACCUCGACGUGGGCAGCGAGCCCGUCGAGCCCAUUUCUCUCGAGUUCCGAGGCCAGGGGACCGGCCACGACGGCGGCGGCGUGGAGCUCUGGGAACACCCUCCCAACGGCCAGGGCAUCGUCGCCUUGAUGGCCCUGGGCAUCAUCCAGGAGCUGGAGAAGCAGGGCAAGAUCCCGACCUUUGGGCCGCAAGACUUCAACUCGGCCCCGUACCUGCACGCCAUCAUAGAAGCCCUGAGGCUGGGCUUCGCAGAUGGCAGCUGGUUCGUCACGGACCCCAACGUCACCAAGGUCCCUGCCCGGGGGCUCAUCUCGCAGGAAUACCUCGCCGAGCGAGCCAAGCUCUUCGAUCCCGCGAGGGCCGUCCUGACCCACGAGCACGGCAACCCGCCCUUUGCCUCGCCCGCCCUGUCCAGCAGCGACACGGUGUACUUUACCGUCACCGACUCGCAGGGCAACGCCGCGUCCUUUAUCAACUCCAACUACGCCGGCUUCGGAACCAGCAUCAUCCCCAAGGGCUGCGGCUUCACCCUCCAGAACCGCGGGUCCAACUUCUCCCUCAACCCCAACCACCCCAACAAGCUGGAGCCCAGGAAGAGGCCGUACCACACAAUCAUCCCCGGCAUGGUGACCAACCUGCACGACGGAUCGCUGCACUCGUCCUUUGGCGUCAUGGGCGGCUUCAUGCAGCCCCAGGGCCACGUCCAGGUCCUCCUGGGGCAGCUCGUCGGCCGGCUGAACCCCCAGCAGGCUCUCGACGCCCCGAGAAUCUGCAUCGGCGGCGGACUCCCCGAGAGCGGCGAGGCCAUUGACUGGACCGUGAAUGUCGAGGAGGGCAUGCCCGAGGAGACCAUUGAGGGGCUGAGGAAGCUCGGCCACAAGGUAAGCGUCGUGACCGGCACGGCGAGGGGGUUGUUUGGCCGCGGGCAGAUUAUCCGCCACGUCGCUGACCCGGUCGACGGAACGCGCAUCUGGUCUGCGGGCAGCGACAUGAGGGCCGACGGUGCCGCGUAUCCCCUGUAG